AUGCAGUCCAGCGAUUCACGAACGUACUUUGAAGAAAACAAAACCUGGUCGCUGAUUGCCUUUUUAAGAUACAGACGAGACGCGCAUGAUUUUACAAAAGAUAGACUUAUAGAACAUAGAAAGUACAAGAAAGAGCUUGAAGAUAUUAUUUCAGAUAACAAGGAUUAUGGAAACCCUGAGUGGCCGGCUGACUGCGCCUUAGCCGGUUAUUGUGAACUGCGACUUCUCUUGGGGAAUAGACUGCGCCUCUAUUGCCAUGAUGCAACUAGGAACUGCGUCUUUCUGUUCGAGAGAAUAUCUCCGGCUGUCGAAGCUUUCUGGAUCUCUGAUGAAAUCCAACUUACAAAGUUAAAUUAUGCAAAAUCUGCGUUGAGUAAAACCAUUGACGAAACGCAAAAAAUACGUGAAGUUGUAUCUGUUGAAGUGAUAGACACGAUAGGAAAUCAAUAUGGGGAGACUUCUAAAAGGACACUCAGAAUUCAGAAACCUGUUGAUUACAGCGAAAAUUUAAAUGAAACUAACCUUUUUGAGUCGGAUCAUGAAGAGAAGUCACCGAAAGAGGAGUUUGUAAAAGCUAUAAUGACUCCUUUAAGCUCAGAAGCAAGUCCAAAAGAUCACGAUUUUCGUCAAAUCUGCGAGUUUAUCCUCUAUGAUUUUUAUUUUAUGACAAAGAAAGGUCCUUUAAAAAGAGAUAUUGGUGAGCGUACGUUUAUUGUCGAAAGGAUCGUUCCCCUGUUCAAAGCAAUUCAAUCGGUAUAUAAUGAAUACAAAUUUCAUUGGAUCGAAGUUGAAUUGGAUUGUAUGAGGGAAGUGAAGAAGAUAUUCCCCAAUUUUGAUUUACCUAUAAACCAAGCUGAUGGUCUUGGAAUGCGGAAUUCGAGCAACAAAGCGGUCGUUUUUAUCGAGGUAUUGGGUGGGCCUGAAAAUACAGAUAAAAAAAAAUUAAAUGAAGAUUCAGAAAAACUUCUGAAAGAAGCCGUGUUUGGUCUUGUUUCUCUAUUACGAAAUUAUUUGGACAAAAGUGCAGAAGAAUCAAAACAGUUAUACACGUUCAUAAUUCGGGGCAUCGGUAAUUUAUUUGACAUUCAUUAA